ACGGUCUUUUGCCCUUUCACACAUGAUGCAGCGGUAAACAUGUCCGCUCGUCAAGUGUGUCCCGUUAACUCGAGCCAAAAUGUCUUGAUGUUGGAAUUCUAGAACAUUUACCAAUUGUGUUUCUAUAUCAACGGGAGAUAAUUAUAUUAUCUCAUAUUUAGUGCGUGACAACUGAAGAAACAUGACUUCCAUUAUCAAACUGACAGCCGUAUCAGGGGUUCAGGAGGAGUCGGCCCUCUGUUACUUGCUGCAGGUGGAUGAAUUCCGCAUCCUCCUGGACUGUGGCUGGGAUGAGAACUUCUCGAUGGACAUCAUUGAUGCUAUGAAACGAUAUGUUCAUCAGGUCGAUGCCGUGCUCCUCUCCCACCCUGACCCCAUACAUCUGGGAGCCCUGCCAUAUGCAGUGGGGAAACUGGGUCUAAACUGCACUAUCUAUGCUACAAUUCCUGUCUACAAGAUGGGUCAGAUGUUCAUGUAUGAUCUAUAUCAGUCUCGAAAUAACAGUGAAGAUUUCACACUGUUCACCCUCGAUGAUGUGGACUGUGCUUUUGAUAAAAUCCAGCAGCUGAAAUACUCUCAGAUUGUCAAUUUGAAAGGCAAAGGACAUGGUCUUUCCAUCACUCCACUUCCAGCCGGUCACAUGAUUGGAGGUACUAUUUGGAAAAUUGUGAAGGAUGGAGAGGAGGAGAUUAUUUAUGCUGUUGACUUCAACCACAAGAGAGAAAUACACCUCAACGGCUGCAUUUUGGAGAGCAUUAGUCGUCCAUCUUUGCUUAUCACAGACUCCUUCAAUGCUAAAUAUGUACAGCCACGUCGCAAACAGAGAGAUGAGCUGCUCCUUACCAAUGUAAUGGAGACCCUUCGUGGUGAUGGCAAUGUCCUUAUUGCCGUGGACACAGCUGGGCGCGUGUUGGAGCUGGCUCAGCUCUUGGACCAGAUUUGGAGGACAAAAGAUGCUGGGCUGGGAGCCUACCCACUAGCUCUGCUGAACAAUGUCAGCUAUAAUGUGGUUGAGUUCUCAAAGUCCCAGGUGGAGUGGAUGAGUGACAAGCUCAUGAGGUGCUUUGAAGACAAGAGAAACAACCCCUUCCAGUUCCGCCACUUGACCCUGUGCCACAGUCUGGCAGACCUGGCGCGAGUGCCCAGUCCCAAGGUGGUGCUUUGUAGCCAACCAGACCUUGAGUCUGGCUUUUCCAGAGAACUCUUCAUCCAGUGGUGCCAAGACGCCAAAAACUCAGUCAUCCUGACCUACCGCACUACACCUGGAACUCUGGCCCGCUACCUCAUUGACAAUCCUGGAGAGAAGAUGUUGGAUCUGGAGGUGAGGAAAAGAGUGAAGCUUGAAGGCAAGGAGCUGGAAGAAUUCCUUGAAAAGGAUAAAGUUAAGAAAGAAGCAGCUAAAAAACUGGAACAAGCAAAAGAGGUGGAUGUUGACUCAAGUGACGAGAGCGAUAUGGACGAUGAUCUGGAUCAGCCAGCUGUAGUUAAAACUAAACACCACGACCUGAUGAUGAAGAGCGAGGGGAGCCGCAAAGGCAGCUUCUUCAAACAAGCCAAAAAGUCUUAUCCAAUGUUCCCCACACAUGAGGAGAGAAUCAAAUGGGACGAGUAUGGGGAAAUCAUCAGGCUAGAAGACUUCCUGGUUCCUGAACUGCAAGCCACAGAGGAGGAGAAAAGCAAAAUGGAAUCCGGGAUGACCAACGGGGAUGAGCCGAUGGACCAGGAUCUCUCUGUUGUUCCCACCAAAUGCGUCUCCAGUAUAGAAAAUCUUGAAAUUAGAGCGAGGAUAAUGUACAUAGACUACGAAGGUCGGUCUGAUGGCGACUCCAUCAAGAAGAUUAUUAAUCAGAUGAAGCCCAGACAGCUGGUGAUCGUUCGUGGGCCGCCGGAAGCCAGUCUCGACCUAGCUGAGUCCUGUAAGGCUUUCAGCAAGGACAUCAAGGUCUACACACCCAAACUGCAGGAGACCAUAGACGCCACCAGUGAAACGCACAUCUACCAGGUGCGGUUGAAAGACUCCUUGGUGAGCUCCCUGCAGUUCUGCAAGGCCAAAGACACGGAGCUAGCCUGGAUCGAUGGCGUGCUGGACAUGCGCGUGGUGAAGGUGGACACAGGCGUGAUGCUGGAGGAGGGUGUGAAAGAAGAGACGGAGGACGGCGAGGUGGCCAUGGAUGUCGCCCCUGAUCUCGACAUCGACCAAAACGCCACGGCGGUGGCAGCACAGCGAGCCAUUAAGAACCUGUUUGGGGAGGACGAGAAGGAGGUGUCUGAAGAGAGCGAUGUCAUUCCCACGCUGGAGCCACUGCCUCCACAAGAGAUUCCUGGACAUCAGUCGGUGUUCAUCAACGAGCCUCGCCUUUCCGACUUUAAGCAGAUCCUGCUGAGAGAGGGCAUCCAGGCCGAGUUUGUGGGAGGAGUGCUGGUAUGCAACAACAUGGUGGCCGUCCGUAGGACGGAGGCCGGGCGCAUUGGCCUGGAAGGCUGCCUGUGUGACGACUACUAUAAGAUCCGGGAGCUGCUGUAUCAGCAGUAUGCCGUGGUAUAGCAGCAGCAGCAGGAGGAGCAGCAGGAGGAGGAGCAGCAGGAGGAGGAGCAGCAGGAGGAGGAGCAGCAGCAGCAGCAGCAGCAGCAGCAGCAGGAGGAGGAGGAGGAGGAGGAGGAAGAGGAAGAAGAAGAGGAAGAAGAAGAGGAGGAAACACUGCAGAAGAGCAUACAGCGGCAAUACAGAGACUAUCCUUUACGAGGACUUUACCCAGAGGAGAAGAGUGUACCACACUCUGCCUCAUGGGCAGCUCCAGCUGUUUCACUGCAAACCCAGUUGUACAUUUUCCCUUUUUUAUAGUUUUUUUUCCAGAUAAUGAUUUUUUUAAAAAUUUGAUUUGAUAGUUUACCUCCACAAAGCGAGAGGCAGAUGCUUUCUCUGGACUGACCUGUCUGUGUGUGAAAAGAUACUACAAGUCCUCCCUCUGUACAGUAACAUCCUGAUGGACUAAAGGAUGCGUUUCCCUCUCCUAUUCUGUCAUUAAAUACUUUUUUUUCAAA